AUGUGCCUGAAAAGCUUCACUGAAUCUAUAAAAGCUACUGCUUUAAUAACAAUGAUUAUAAUUACAACAAGCUCAGCUAAUCCUACUCUAUUCAAGACAGAUCUAACCCUAAAUGAUAAUAUCAAAGGAAGUGAACUUAGCGGAUGUUUGAAGACUGAACAUCUAGAUGUGGUGUUUUUUAAUAUAAAUAUCAGUGGACUCAGAAAAUUGAGGAAUCACCUAGAUGGAAAUACUUUAAACUACUCAAACUUAAUUGUUACUGGACUUUACAAAGAUGAAUAUCACCAUGAAAAUGAGUUCUCACUAAGUUUGCCGAAUGUAAAGCUAAAUAUUGAAUUGAGUAACAAUCAAAUUAUGAAGGUGACAAGUGUGAAAGUUCAUGGAGACAUAACAACUAAGAUCGCCAAUGAAGCACUCAAAAAAUGCGUUUCAGCUACUCCAAAUUUGCUUGAUAAAUUUAUAUCAAAAAAAGCAACAGAAUUGUUGGAAAAUAAAUUUGUGUGA